AUGCCGAAGUGAGAUAGCUGCUUUGAAUUGUGUAGCAGCAACAAGAAAACGAAAACAUUAUUACUUCCAAAGUCAAUUCACGACACGAACAGAAAGAAGAAGCGUUAAUAAUUCACGACAUCGAAAAAGGAAAGCAAAGUUCGGUAUAAAAACAUUUGCAAGGUUUUUGUGCUUUUCCCAUCAAACUGUAAAGAAAAUUGGUAAACAAAAGAUAUAGCUGCCAACACCUGAGGUGCCACAGGACUUCAAGGUGGUCAGAAAACAGGCAGCACGAAAAAAGUGUAAAAAAUUUUUUGUUCGCAAUCUGUGCUUGAAUAAAUUAAUAACACAGGCUAAGGUGGGGACACAAACACAUCCAAGGCGGCGAUAAGGCCACGACUAUCGUUUUUGUGAAUUUAUAAAUUGGCACAAAAUUUAUGGAUUAUCGCAAAGUUCGUGUAUACGUCGGGUUGAAUGUGCAAUUUAUAUCAAAUAUCAGUGGUGCCUAAGCCCAAAUCGGUGUACGCUACUCAAGGUUGGUUAUCAAGUAAUAUACGACACAAUUUCAGGUGAAGAAACUGCACGUCAUUGGUCACUGACCCACUAACUGUUCACCUAUUUGUCUUGUUCGUUUAUUACUCCACACAAGGCAAGGUUUUUUUUACAAAACUAAGCAAAAAAGCAUAUAUUAAAAAUGUCUGUUCGCACCAAAGUACUCGGAUUAGUAGACGUGAUGAUGCGUGUACCACCCAUAUUGGUGAUAGAUGAGGUACUCAAAAUCAGUAUGGGGCUGCCAACGCGUUUUUAUCCCACACCAGCAGACCCAAGUUUACUAACCGCCGAAUUUAAAGAAAACCAAACAGAGAGUAACGCCAAAAUUACGGUUGAAACAUCAACGGUUUUUCCGGAGCUCAGCAAUGCCAGCCUUAUAAAUAGCACUAGUGGAGAUAAUGCAGGUGGUAAUAGCCCGCUAGAGCGUGCCAUAAUUAAUGCAUCAACUACAGCCGCUACAAGUGGUGUGCUGAGUAGUUCUUUUGGCACCAUGAUGAAUGAAUUGUCACAGGACACGUUUCUAUCGGAUGUGUUGUCGAUAACAUCGGUGAAGUUUAUUGUAUGCUUAAUGGUUUUUCUAAGUGCUGCUUGCAUAUUUAUGCUAUGGACCCGGCAUUUGGUGAUGGUCUACAUGUUUGUGAUAUCAUUGGGUUUGACAUUUAUAUCAUAUUGGUCAAAUGUAUCUGCGCUUGCAUUAAUGGAGAAAUCGCCGUGCUUAUUGGAAGACUUUCUUUCAUUAAAUACGGCACGAUUGCUGGAUACGGGUGGUGUAGCUUUAUCGGUGUUGCCACACCUAGUGGCGCAAUGGUUUAUGGGUAUGCUCUUCGCGUAUGUGCAUUUAGGACCACGUUAUGCAACGAUACAAAAAAUCAUGCCCAUCGUAUUUGCCGGUCCCAUAUUUUUGGCUAUGCUACCAUUACCGCCACGCAUUAUCAAAGACUUGCCAGUGCUAGCCGGUGCGGUGCCGUUAAUACUAACGAAAAUGACAAUGCUUAACAGUGCUUUAGAUGCUGCCAAGACUGUAUAUAAUGGUUAUCAAUAUGCAAUGAAUUUCGUGUCGAAUUUCGGUUUAUCCGCACUGAUUGAAAACGAGUGGCAACGUUUGAAUGUGCCGAGUGUGUUGCGUGUCUUUUGGAGUAUAAGAAUUGGUCAGGAAUUCAUUUCAAUAGUGCUGCUCUCGGACAGCGCCACACCAUUAAGCUUCUUUCCCACCAUGCAGAAACUAUUGGUUGAUGGCUGUGAAACACUCACUGCUGUUUUGGGCAUGACUUCGAUAAUAUCGGUGAUUUGCCACUAUAUUGGUCGUGGGUUCCAAUGGUAUUUGUUAACAUUCGAUAACGAUGAGGAAAAAUCAUUGGGCACUGUUUCGGCGGUACUCUUCUACAUACUCGCCCUACAGACGGGACUUACCUCUUUGUCGCCCGAUAAGCGUUUUGUCCGUUUGUGUCGAAAUUUGUGCUUAUUGAUUACAGCUUUAUUACAUUUCCUUCACAACAUUGUAUCGCCCAUACUGAUGUCAUUGAGUGCGGCACGCAAUCCCUCACGCAAACGACACAUACGCGCACUUACCGUUUGCGCUUUUCUGGUUGUCACGCCGAUUUGUUUGCUUACAGUACUCUGGUCACGUCACUCACCAUCCACUUGGUUGCUAGCGGUAACGGCGUUCUCGGUCGAAGUUGUAGUGAAGGUACUGGUUUCGUUGGCCACAUACACGCUAUUCCUGCUCGAUGCGCGUCGCCAAACAUUCUGGGAGAAGCUUGAUGAUUAUCUAUAUUAUGUGCGCGCCUUUGGUAAUUCUGUUGAAUUUUGCUUUGGUAUAUUGCUUUUCUUUAACGGUGCCUGGAUAUUAGUUUUCGAGUCAGCCGAAAAUGUUAUAGGCGGUGCAAUACGUGCCAUCAUGAUGUGCAUACAUGCCUAUUUCAAUAUUUGGUGUGAGGCUCGGGCUGGUUGGUCCGUGUUCAUGAAGCGACGCUCCGCCGUACACAAGAUUUCAGCACUGCCCGAGGCGACACCAGCGCAAUUGCGCGCCUUCGAUGAUGUUUGCGCUAUUUGUUAUCAGGAAAUGUAUUCUGCCAAAAUUACACGCUGCCGCCACUAUUUCCAUGGUGUAUGUCUGCGAAAAUGGUUGUACGUGCAAGAUCGCUGCCCACUAUGUCACGAGAUUAUGAUGUACACAGAUAAAAAUGACGAAAACGAAGAACAGACGCCCACUGAUGGUGCCAUGCCAGCGCCGAUACAUCAGUACAAUGACGAAACCGACGAGGGUCACAUAUCCGGUUCGUCGAGCUCAACGCCCCGAUUGACAAGCAAUAAUGCAAGCAACGCAAACGCUGCGGCCACGACAUCCUCAGCUGCCGCUGUAGCCGCAGCCGCUGCCAGCAAUAGCACACAGACAUUUCGAUGGUCACCCGAUAUUGGUAUACAGGAAUAAAUACGGCAUAAAUAUUUGGGGUAUAGUUAAACAAAAACAAAA